CUUUGCGGGCAGAGGGCGGCGCCGGGCCCUGGCAGGGUAUUCCGUGUAAUUCCCCGCUGCCGCCCAAAGGCUCGUUGUGAGGCCAGGUCCUCGCUGCGCCCUCUACAGGCCCGUGGGAGGUGACAGCGACUCUGUAAUGCAGAGGGGAGUUUCCAGGAAGUACAGUGGCCAUAUUGGAUCCCAUUGAGAGCCAGGAGCUGCGAUUGCAUCAAUUCAGACGACAGCAGCUCGGGAGACGGCCGGCAGGAUCUAGAGAGCACGCCAGCAUGGCCGCGACUGAUGUAGAGAGGGCAACUAAUGACGAAAAACGCAGCCUCACACUGAGUGGCCAUGUGGGUUUUGACAGCCUUCCAGAUCAGCUUGUUAGUAAAUCGGUGACCCAAGGUUUCUGCUUCAACAUUCUAUGUGUAGGUGAAACAGGUAUUGGAAAGUCUACAUUAAUGAACACACUCUUUAACACCAACUUUGAAACGGAAGAGGCCAGCCAUUAUGAGAACGGAGUGCGACUAAGACCACGAACAUACGAACUCCAGGAGAGCAACGUACACCUAAAACUGACAAUUGUGGACACUGUGGGAUUUGGCGACCAGAUCAACAAAGAUGACAGUUACAGGUCAGUCGUUGACUACAUUGAUACUCAGUUUGAGAAUUACCUACAAGAAGAGCUGAAAAUUCGACGUUCCCUGUUCAACUUCCAUGACUCCAGAAUACACGUCUGCCUAUACUUUAUCACCCCAACGGGACACUCCCUAAAAUCCCUGGAUCUGGUGACCAUGAAGAAGCUGGACAGUAAGGUUAAUAUCAUUCCAAUAAUUGCUAAAGCUGACACCAUUUCCAAGAGUGAGCUCCACAAGUUCAAGAUCAAGAUCAUGAGCGAGCUGGUCAGCAAUGGUGUCCAGAUCUAUCAGUUUCCAACCGAUGACGAUGCUGUGGCAGAGAUCAACUCUGUCAUGAACGCUCACCUCCCAUUUGCAGUAGUGGGGAGCACAGAGGAGGUAAAAGUUGGGAAUAAGCUUGUGAGAGCCAGACAAUACCCAUGGGGAGUUGUACAAGUUGAAAAUGAGAGCCACUGUGACUUUGUAAAACUGAGAGAAAUGCUGAUUCGGGUCAACAUGGAAGACCUCCGAGAGCAGACACACACCCGCCACUAUGAGCUAUACAGGCGCUGCAAGCUAGAAGAGAUGGGAUUUAAAGACACGGACCCUGAUAGCCAGCCAUUCAGUCUUCAGGAGACUUAUGAAGCCAAAAGAAAAGAAUUUCUUGAGGACCUGCAUCGGAAAGAGGAAGAGAUGCGACAGAUGUUUGUGAACAGAGUCAAGGAAACUGAAGCUGAACUAAAGGAGAAGGAGCGUGAGCUGCAAGAGAAAUUUGCACAUUUAAAGAAGAUUCACCAUGAUGAGAACAAAAAGCUGGAAGAUAGGAGGAAGGAGUUAGAAGAGGAGAUGAAUGGGUUCAACAGAAGGAAAAUGGCGGUGGAGUCCAUGCAGUCACAGUCAUUCCAAGCAAUGUCUCAACAGCCUUUAAAGAAGGACAAGGACAGGAAAAAUUAAGAUGCACAGACGUACAUGUCAAGAUUGGACUUACAGGUUCAUGUCAUUACAUUACAUGAAUUCUCACCAUCCAUCCUAACAUUGUAUUGUGUGGACCAAAGCAUACCGACAUCCUGGAUACUAGGAGUUUACAACGUACCCAGUCAUUUUAAUAUAUGCAGGAACAAUGUGAGUCCUAUUCAUUCUAGAAGCGUGAAGCUUUCUGGUGCAACACCAAAUGUGUAUUUAAAACUCUUACCAAUACUUUUAAUAUGUGCAUAAUCUGACACACCCAAGACAUCCAUGAUAUUUUUAUUAUAUUAAUUAUUAACUAAUAGAAGAUUCACUGUGGGUAGAGAUUUGCUGUUCUAGUGCUAUCCUGAAAAGGAAGGAACUUAGGGAACUUUGAGUAAACAUAGAAUUCCAUUUUUUCAGUUCACCUAAUAUGUAAAGUGAUUUGCUGCAAGCUGUGUUAUUAAUGGGUGGUGAAUGGAUGCGGCGCAACAUUUAUAGACUGCGGAAUUGUAGUCCAUUCACUGUAAAAUGGAUGACCUUUUAUUACAUGCAAAAAUUGUUCGGAAGGGAACAUCAGGUUUAACACAGUGUAAAGGUUUUCUAUAGAGACAUAACCCCACCAUUGCCAUCUUUCCAGGUGACCGCAGCAAGCUGUAUUACUCUGUUUAAUAUGUUUUUUCACUUUUUACGUAUUUUUUAUAACUUUCUUAAAGGUUGAUCCUUUUUAAUGGAUUUUCCAUAUUGAUAGGAGGGAUAAUUUAGCUGAUAUGACCAAAAACCUUUGUUUCCUUUCUUCUAAUGUUUAUAGUAAAGGGGUUUUCUGGCGGAUAUACCUGGUAAC